CUACGUAGACAUAGUUGUGUGAGCGCAGUCUCAGAGGAAAGGCGAGGUAGUCAAACGUCAGCUACGACCAAGAGCGUUUGUUAGUGUUGAUAGAAUAGCUAAUCUCCUGUUCUGCACCUAGAUAAUUCUCAUCUUUUAAAUCUUUUAACAAUGGUGGCGAAGCAAAGGAUUCGUAUGGCAAAUGAAAAACACAGCAAAAACAUCAAUCAAAGGGGCAACGUAGCGAAAACAUCGAGGAGCAAUGCUGAUGACAAAGUUGCUGUGGGACCAUGGCUUCUGGCUCUCUUCAUUUUUGUUGUGUGUGGAUCAGCAAUAUUCCAAAUCAUCCAGAGCAUACGCAUGGGUAUGUAAGAUGAGGACCAACAACCGUGAUUCAACAUGCCAAAGUUCUAUCCAUUCCACUGUUGUCCAGGAGGAUUCACGGACUAUACUAUGAAGUGAUUUUGCCAAGAUUUGUGUACCCAUGGAGAUCAUUGCCUUGUUCGUGCCUUAAGAAUUUUUUAAAGUUAUACAGUUGCAUUCCAAUUAAGGAUGUCUGAUUUGAUGUAAUGGCACAGGGUUGCAGCAGGAGCUGUAAUGUUUUCUUUUGGGGUUUUAGGGUGGCAUGCUAUAAUUGUUCAACAAUAUCAUGUAAUUGCUGUCUAGGCUUACUUUUUCCUGUCACGAAAAGGAUAUGAUGUGACCAAAUUACAUGGGAUUUGCACAAGUUACAAAUGAAGUGAAGACUUUAGAAGAUGAUUCUAUAAGCACGCCCAGGAUGUUUGUAAUGUAAUUUAUAUAGAGCCUACAUAGGUUUAGCUUCCUUGCAUCAUCGACUAAUGAAUGCCACAUGUUAGAACAGGUGUGUAUUAGACCCGUGCUGUAUUUCUCAGCAGAGUUAAUGAAUAUCUGUUGUUGAAGAACAAAGAAUAAUACAGGAAAAUAAAUGAUUAUGCAGUUUGGCAUCUUCUUUACAACA